AUGGCCCCUAAGCGAGGCGGCAAGGCGCCGGUCCCGGCGAAGAAGAAAACGGAUAAGGUGACCAACCCGCUGUUCGAGAAGAGGCCGAAGCAAUUCGGUAUCGGCGGCGCCCUCCCGCCCAAGAAGGACCUACACCGCUUCGUUAAGUGGCCCAAGGUUGUGCGCAUCCAGCGCCAGCGCCGCAUCCUCAAGCAGCGCCUCAAGGUGCCCCCGGCACUCCACCAGUUCACCCGCACCCUCGACAAGAACCUUGCAACAAACUUGUUCAAGAUGCUUCUUAAGUACCGGCCUGAAGACAAAGCUGCCAAGAAGGAGAGGCUUCUAAAGAGGGCCCAGGCUGAAGCUGAAGGGAAGACUGUUGAGGCCAAGAAGCCAAUAGUUGUUAAGUAUGGCCUUAACCAUGUUACCUACCUAAUCGAGCAGAGUAAAGCCCAGCUGGUUGUCAUAGCUCAUGAUGUUGAUCCGAUUGAGCUGGUUGUGUGGCUCCCUGCUCUUUGCAGGAAAAUGGAGGUCCCUUACUGCAUUGUCAAGGGAAAAUCUCGCCUUGGAUCGAUUGUUCACAAGAAGACUGCCUCUGUUCUGUGCCUGACCACAGUGAAGAAUGAGGAUAAGCUUGAGUUCAGCAAGAUCCUUGAGGCUAUUAAGGCGAACUUCAACGACAAAUUUGAUGAGGUUAGGAAGAAGUGGGGUGGUGGUGUCAUGGGCUCCAAGUCGCAAGCGAAGACCAAGGCCAGGGAAAGGCUUAUCGCAAAGGAGGCUGCGCAGCGGAUGAACUAA